CGUGCCCGGCGCUCGCACGGAGGCGCCUGGGCAGAGCUGCCAACCUGCUGCGGGCGGGCAGGCGGGCACAGGGGCGCUCGCAGCCGGCUGGGGCCGCCGGCUCCGCCGCCCUCACCCUUGUCCCAGCCCGGUGCGGCGCGGCCCUGAGCCUCCUGCUGCCGCCCGCCCGGGCACCGGGAGAGACAGAGAGGGGGAGCCAUGGCCGAGGGGGGCGAGGGCGAGGACGAGAUCCAGUUCCUGCGAACUGAUGAUGAAGUGGUUCUGCAGUGCACUGCAACUGUCCAUAAGGAGCAACAGAAACUGUGUCUUGCAGCGGAAGGAUUUGGCAACAGACUUUGCUUUUUGGAAUCCACAUCAAAUUCUAAGAAUGUGCCCCCAGACUUGUCCAUCUGCACCUUUGUGCUGGAACAGUCCCUGUCAGUUCGGGCCCUCCAGGAGAUGCUGGCCAACACAGAGGAAAAGGCGGAAGGGCUAGUUGAUGUGGAAAAAUGGAAAUUUAUGAUGAAGUCUGCACAAGGUGGUGGUCAUCGAACACUGCUCUAUGGGCACGCGAUCCUGUUGCGCCAUUCCUACAGCGGCAUGUAUCUGUGUUGCCUCUCUACAUCUCGGUCUUCAAUGGACAAGCUGGCAUUUGAUGUAGGAUUGCAAGAGGAUACAACAGGUGAGGCGUGCUGGUGGACCAUCCAUCCAGCUUCCAAGCAACGAUCAGAAGGAGAAAAAGUGCGAGUAGGAGAUGAUCUUAUUUUAGUCAGUGUCUCUUCGGAAAGAUACUUGCAUCUCUCUUACGGCAAUGGGAGCUUACAUGUCGAUGCAGCCUUCCAGCAAACACUCUGGAGCGUGGCUCCAAUCAGUUCAGGAAGUGAAGUUGCCCAAGGCUAUCUGAUAGGAGGAGAUGUUCUGACGUUAUUGCAUGGCCACAUGGAUGAAUGCUUGACAGUCCCUUCUGGUGAGCAUGGAGAAGAACAAAGAAGAACCGUCCAUUACGAGGGUGGUGCUGUGUCUAUUCAUGCCCGUUCCCUUUGGCGACUAGAGACGCUAAGAGUUGCGUGGAGUGGCAGCCACAUUAGAUGGGGACAGCCAUUCAGACUAAGACAUAUAACGACAGGGAAAUAUUUAAGCCUCCUGGAUGACAAGAGUCUUCUUCUUACAGACAAAGAGAAAGCAGAUGUAAAAUCUACAGCAUUUUGUUUUCGUUCUUCCAAGGAAAAGUUGGAUGUAGGGACAAGAAAAGAGGUGGAUGGAAUGGGAGCACCUGAAAUAAAAUAUGGGGAUUCGAUAUGCUUCAUACAACAUGUAGACACGGGCUUAUGGCUUACGUACCAGUCUGCUGAUGCGAAGUCUGUGAGAAUGGGAUCUGUGCAGCGCAAGGCAAUAAUGCACCAUGAAGGUCACAUGGAUGAUGGUUUAACAUUGUCCAGAUCUCAACAUGAAGAGUCCCGUACAGCACGUGUCAUUCGUAGUACAGUCUUCCUUUUCAACAGGUUUAUAAGGGGCCUUGAUGCUCUCAGCAAGAAAGUGAAGUCUUCUGCGGUUGAUUUACCCAUUGAGUCGGUCAGUCUGAGCCUCCAAGACUUGAUCGGCUACUUUCACCCUCCUGAUGAACAUCUGGAGCACGAAGACAAGCAAAACAGGCUGCGAGCACUGAAGAAUCGCCAGAACCUCUUUCAAGAAGAGGGUAUGAUCAACCUUGUCCUUGAAUGUAUUGAUCGCUUGAAUGUAUACAGCAGUGCAGCUCAUUUUGCAGAUGUAGCUGGGAAGGAGGCUGGAGAAGCAUGGAAAUCUAUUCUGAAUUCUUUGUAUGAAUUACUAGCGGCUCUGAUUAGAGGGAAUCGUAAAAACUGUGCUCAAUUUUCUGGAUCUCUUGAUUGGUUGAUCAGCAGAUUAGAGAGACUGGAAGCCUCUUCUGGAAUUCUAGAGGUUUUACACUGUGUGUUGGUGGAAAGCCCAGAAGCUCUGAACAUUAUUAAGGAAGGACACAUUAAAUCAAUUAUCUGCCUUUUGGACAAACAUGGAAGAAACCAUAAGGUUUUGGAUGUCUUGUGCUCUCUCUGUGUAUGUCAUGGAGUAGCUGUGCGAUCUAAUCAACAUCUAAUCUGUGACAAUCUCCUGCCAGGAAGAGAUCUACUUUUACAGACACGUCUUGUCAAUCAUGUGAGCAGCAUGCGACCCAACAUCUUCUUGGGGAUUAGUGAAGGUUCUGCCCAAUACAGAAAAUGGUACUAUGAACUCAUGGUGGACCAUCUGGAGCCAUUUGUGACUGCAGAGUCGACUCAUCUUCGAGUGGGCUGGGCAUCAACAGAGGGCUACUCACCAUAUCCUGGCGGAGGAGCAGAAUGCGGAGGAAAUGGUGUUGGUGAUGAUUUGUAUUCUUACGGCUUUGAUGGUCUGCAUCUGUGGUCAGGUUGUGUAGCACGAACAGUAAACUCCCCCAACCAACAUCUGUUAAGAACUGAUGACGUUAUUAGCUGCUGUUUGGAUCUGAGUGCCCCCAGCAUCUCUUUCCGGAUAAAUGGUCAGCCAGUUCAAGGAAUGUUUGAGAAUUUCAACAUAGAUGGCCUAUUCUUCCCAGUUGUCAGCUUCUCAGCAGGAAUAAAGGUGCGUUUCUUGCUCGGAGGUCGCCAUGGAGAGUUCAAAUUCCUUCCUCCACCUGGGUAUGCCCCUUGCUUUGAAGCUGUCCUACCAAAAGAGAAAUUGAAAGUGGAGCACAGCCGGGAGUACAAGCAGGACCGCAGCCACACAAGAGACCUGCUGGGCCCAACUAUCUCUCUGUCUCAAGCAGCUUUCACCCCGGUUCCUGUAGAUACCAGCCAGAUUGUUUUGCCUCCCCACCUGGAAAGGAUUAGAGAAAAAUUAGCUGAAAACAUCCAUGAACUUUGGGUUAUGAAUAAAAUUGAACUUGGUUGGCAGUAUGGACCAGUUAGAGAUGACAACAAAAGACAACACCCGUGCUUAGUGGAGUUCUCAAAAUUGCCAGAGCAGGAAAGAAAUUAUAACUUGCAGAUGUCACUUGAGACGCUCAAAACCCUGCUAGCAUUAGGCUGCCACGUUGGAAUUGCUGAUGAACAUGCGGAAGAAAAAGUGAAAAAAAUGAAACUUCCAAAGAAUUACCAGUUGUCAAGUGGAUACAAACCGGCUCCCAUGGAUCUGAGUUUUGUCAAACUGACCCCCUCUCAAGAGGCUAUGGUGGAUAAGCUAGCAGAGAAUGCUCACAACGUGUGGGCCAGGGACCGUAUCAGGCAAGGCUGGACAUAUGGUAUCCAGCAGGAUGUGAAAAAUCGACGAAAUCCUCGCCUUGUCCCUUAUGCCCUUUUGGAUGAUCGGACCAAGAAGUCAAACAAAGAUAGUCUCCGGGAAGCAGUCCGCACCCUUCUUGGCUAUGGUUACAACCUAGAGGCUCCUGAUCAGGAUCAUGCAACAAGACUCGACAUGUGCAGUGGGAUAAUAGAAAAAUUCAGGAUCUUCCGCACAGAAAAGACUUACGCAGUGAGGGCUGGGAAGUGGUACUUCGAGUUUGAGGCAGUCACUGCAGGAGACAUGAGAGUUGGCUGGACCAGGCCAGGUUGUUUGCCAGAUCAAGAACUUGGCUCAGAUGAAGAAGCUUUUGUUUUUGAUGGCUUUAAGGCACAGCGGUGGCAUCAGGGUAAUGAGCAUUUUGGACGCUCCUGGUUGGCAGGAGACGUCGUUGGUUGUAUGGUCGACAUGAAUGAACACACUAUGAUGUUCACCUUGAAUGGUGAAAUCCUGCUGGAUGACUCAGGUUCGGAACUUGCAUUCAAGGACUUUGAGGUUGGUGAUGGGUUUCUACCUGUGUGCAGCCUGGGCUUAUCUCAAGUGGGAAGAAUGAACUUUGGAAAAGAUGUCAGCACUCUAAAGUAUUUCACGAUCUGUGGCUUACAGGAAGGGUACGAGCCCUUCGCUGUUAAUACAAACAGAGACAUCACCAUUUGGUUGAGCAAAAGACUCCCUCAGUUCCUACCAGUGCCAUUAAACCAUGAGCAUAUUGAGGUGAUGAGAAUUGAUGGCACUAUAGACAGCUGUCCCUGUCUGAAGGUCACGCAGAAGUCCUUUGGUUCGCAGAACAGUAAAACAGAUGUCAUGUUUUUUCGAUUAAGUAUGCCUAUUGAAUGUGCUGAGGUGUUCUCCAGAACAGCUGCAGGAGGAUUACCAGGCAGUGGUCUUUUUGGCCCUAAGAAUGACUUGGAAGAUUAUGAUGCUGAUUCUGAUUUUGAGGUGCUAAUGAAAACUGCUCAUGGUCAUCUAGUACCUGACCGGACUGAAAGAGAAAAAGAUGCCACAAGACCAGAGUUAAACAAUCAUAAAGAUUACACCCAAGAAAAACCUUCACGUCUUAAACAAAGAUUUAUGUUGAGGAGAACAAAGCCUGAUUAUAGCACAAGCCACUCUGCACGACUUACUGAGGAUGUGCUAGCAGAUGAUAGGGAUGACUAUGAUUAUUUGAUGCAAACUUCCACGUACUAUUAUUCAGUGAGAAUAUUUCCUGGUCAAGAACCUGCUAAUGUCUGGGUGGGGUGGAUUACAUCUGACUUUCAUCAGUAUGACACAUGCUUUGACUUGGAUAGAGUGCGCACUGUCACAGUUACACUGGGAGAUGAGAAGGGGAAGGUUCAUGAGAGUAUCAAACGCAGCAACUGCUAUAUGGUGUGUGCAGGAGAGAGCAUGAGUCCUGGACAAGGGCGCAAUAAUAAUGGGCUGGAGAUUGGUUGCUUGGUUGAUGCUGCCAGUGGUCUGCUGACCUUCACAGCUAAUGGCAAGGAACUAGGCACAUAUUAUCAGGUUGAACCAAGUACUAAGCUCUUUCCUGCUGUAUUUGCUCAAGCUACAAGCCCCAAUGUUUUCCAGUUUGAAUUGGGAAGAAUAAAGAAUGUGAUGCCAUUAUCUGCUGGCUUAUUCAAAAGUGAACACAAAAACCCAGUCUCUCAAUGCCCUCCGCGUCUCCAUGUCCAGUUUUUGACUCACGUGCUUUGGAGCAGAGUGCCAAACCAUUUCCUGAAGGUUGAUGUCUCUCGGAUCAGUGAACGACAAGGCUGGAUGAUACAGUGCUUGAAUCCUUUGCAGUUCAUGGCCCUUCAUAUUCCAGAAGAAAACAGGACAAUUGAUAUUUUAGAGCUGACAGAACAAGAAGAAUUGCUAAAAUUUCACUAUCAUACCCUCCGAUUGUAUUCAGCUGUUUGUGCUUUAGGGAACAACCGGGUGGCCCAUGCUAUGUGUAGCCAUGUGGAUGAGUCUCAGCUCCUGUAUGCAAUUGAGAAUAAAUAUAUGCCAGGAUUAUUACGUGCAGGAUAUUAUGACUUACUCAUUGACAUCCAUCUCAAUACCUAUGCCACUGCAAGGUUAAUGAUGAAUAAUGAAUUUAUUGUUCCAAUGACAGAUGAGACCAAGAGUAUUACCUUGUUUCCUGAUGAAAACAAAAAGCACGGCCUCCCUGGUAUAGGACUGAGCACUUCCUUAAGGCCAAGAAUGCAGUUCUCCUCCCCGAGUUUUGUAAGCAUUAGCAGUGAAUGUUUUCAGUUUAGUCCUGAAUUCCCCCUGGAAAUCUUGAAGGCGAAAACAAUAGAGAUGCUGACUGAAGCUGUUCAGGAGGGCAGCCUCCAUGUUAGAGAUCCGGUUGGAGGCUCUACCGAAUUUCUUUUUGUCCCUCUCAUCAAGCUGUUUUACACCCUCCUAAUUAUGGGAAUCUUCCAUAACGGGGAUCUGAAACACAUCUUGCAGUUGAUUGAGCCCCGGGUUUUCAAAGAAGCUAUGAGUCGGGAAGAUGAAAGUGAUUUCUCAGAGAAGGAGCUGAGUUCGGAGGAGCUCAAGGCAGAAGAAGGAGAGGAAGAAACCAAAGGGGAGCAAGUGCCAAAGGAAGGACUCCUUCAGAUGAAACUUCCUGAACCUGUUAAAUUACAGAUGUGUCAUCUACUCCAGUACCUGUGUGAUUGCCAGGUACGGCACCGGAUAGAAGCCAUUGUAGCAUUUUCUGAUGAUUUUGUGGCCAGGCUUCAAGAGAAUCAGCGCUUCCGGUACAAUGAAGUGAUGCAGGCCUUGAAUAUGUCUGCUGCCCUGACAGCUCGGAAAACAAAAGAAUUUCGUUCCCCACCUCAGGAACAGAUAAACAUGCUGCUGAACUUUAAAGAUGAUAAAAAUGAUUGUCCUUGCCCUGAAGAAAUUCGAGAUCAACUCUUGGAUUUCCAUGAAGACCUAAUGGCACACUGUGGAAUUGAGCUAGAUGAAGAUGGAACCUUGGAUGGAAACAAUGAUUUAACAAUUAGGGGUCGCCUCCUAUAUCUUAUGGAAAAAGUCACAUAUCUGAAGAAGAAGCAAGCUGAGAAGCCAAUCGCUGAUGAUGCCAAGACAUCCUCUACUCUUCAGCAGUUGAUUUCAGACACAAUGGUACGCUGGGCCCAGGAGUCAGUAAUAGAAGACCCGGAGUUAGUGAGGGCCAUGUUUGUAUUGCUACAUCGCCAAUAUGAUGGUAUUGGUGGCUUGGUUCGAGCCCUACCAAAGACCUACACCAUAAAUAGUGUGUCAGUGGAAGACACAAUCAAUCUUCUAGCAUCCCUCGGCCAAAUCCGUUCCUUGCUCAGUGUCAGAAUGGGGAAGGAGGAAGAAAAACUUAUGAUUCGUGGAUUAGGAGACAUCAUGAAUAAUAAAGUAUUUUACCAACAUCCAAAUCUCAUGAGAGCUCUAGGCAUGCACGAGACAGUCAUGGAAGUGAUGGUAAAUGUGCUUGGUGGAGGAGAAUCCAAGGAAAUCACUUUUCCAAAGAUGGUGGCAAACUGCUGUCGUUUUUUAUGUUAUUUUUGCCGCAUUAGCAGGCAGAAUCAAAAAGCUAUGUUUGAUCAUCUUAGCUAUUUAUUGGAAAACAGCAGUGUUGGGCUUGCCUCUCCUUCUAUGCGAGGAUCAACUCCUUUAGAUGUUGCAGCAGCAUCUGUGAUGGAUAACAAUGAACUUGCACUAGCUUUAAGGGAACCAGAUCUUGAAAAGGUGGUUCGCUACUUGGCUGGAUGUGGGUUGCAGAGUUGUCCUUUGCUGGUUUCUAAAGGCUACCCAGACAUUGGAUGGAAUCCAGUUGAAGGAGAGCGAUAUUUGGAUUUUCUUCGUUUUGCUGUUUUUUGCAAUGGCGAGAGCGUGGAGGAGAAUGCGAACGUUGUAGUCAGGCUGCUUAUCCGUCGACCUGAAUGUUUUGGUCCAGCUCUAAGAGGAGAAGGAGGCAAUGGGUUACUUGCUGCCAUGGAGGAAGCAAUACAAAUAUCGGAAGAUCCAACAAGAGAUGGACCUUCUCCAAGUAAUGGAUCUAGUAAAACCCUUGAAAUGGAAGAGCAGGAAGAUGACACUAUUCACAUGGGAAAUGCCAUCAUGACCUUUUAUGCAGCUUUGAUUGAUCUCUUAGGACGUUGUGCCCCUGAAAUGCAUCUAAUCCAUGCAGGUAAAGGGGAAGCCAUUAGAAUCAGAUCAAUUCUACGGUCUUUGAUUCCAUUGGAAGAUUUGGUGGGCGUAAUUAGUAUUCCUUUCCACAUGCCGACCAUAGCUAAAGAUGGUACUGUGGUGGAACCUGACAUGUCUGCGGGGUUUUGCCCAGAUCACAAGGCAGCCAUGGUUUUGUUCCUUGACAGGGUCUAUGGAAUUGAGGACCAGGAUUUUCUUCUACAUCUUCUUGAAGUUGGCUUUCUGCCAGACCUUCGUGCUGCUGCUUCGUUAGAUACAGCUGCUUUAAGUGCUACAGAUAUGGCUUUGGCUCUGAAUCGAUACCUUUGCACUGCCGUCUUGCCUUUGUUGACCAGAUGUGCUCCUCUUUUUGCUGGCACAGAGCACCAUGCUUCCCUCAUUGAUUCCUUAUUACAUACCGUGUACAGACUGUCAAAAGGCUGCUCUCUUACCAAAGCUCAGCGAGAUUCCAUCGAAGAGUGUUUACUCUCUAUCUGUGGGCAGUUGAGGCCUUCCAUGAUGCAGCAUUUGCUGAGAAGAUUAGUAUUUGAUGUCCCUCUAUUAAAUGAACAUGCAAAGAUGCCUCUCAAGUUGCUGACAAAUCAUUAUGAAAGAUGCUGGAAGUAUUAUUGUUUACCAGGUGGAUGGGGUAACUUUGGUGCUGCAUCAGAAGAAGAACUUCAUUUAUCCAGAAAGUUGUUCUGGGGCAUUUUUGAUGCCUUGUCUCAAAAGAAGUAUGAACAAGAACUCUUCAAACUGGCCUUGCCUUGUCUGAGUGCAGUUGCAGGGGCCUUACCUCCAGACUAUAUGGAAUCAAAUUAUGUCAGUACGAUGGAAAAACAGUCUUCAAUGGAUUCAGAUGGGAAUUUUAACCCUCAACCUGUUGAUACCUCAAACAUUACAAUCCCUGAAAAGCUAGACUAUUUCAUUAACAAAUAUGCAGAACACUCUCAUGAUAAAUGGUCAAUGGAAAAGUUUGCCAAUGGAUGGGUAUAUGGUGAAACAUAUUCUGAGUCUGCAAAAGUGCAACCAUUAAUGAAACAAUAUAAAUUAUUGUCCGAAAAGGAGAAAGAAAUUUAUCGAUGGCCAAUAAAAGAAUCACUGAAAACCAUGCUGGCAUGGGGAUGGAGGAUUGAAAGAACACGGGAAGGAGACUCCAUGGCUCUCUAUAAUCGAACACGUCGCAUAUCUCAAACCAGUCAGAUCUCUGUAGAUACAGCCCAUGGUUACAGCCCUCGAGCAAUUGACAUGAGCAAUGUCACCCUCUCCAGAGACGUUCAUGCUAUGGCUGAGAUGAUGGCUGAAAACUACCAUAACACAUGGGCAAAGAAAAAGAAAAUGGAGCUUGAAGCAAAAGUAGGAGGCGGCAACCAUCCUCUUCUGGUUCCCUAUGAUACACUCACAGCCAAAGAAAAAGCCAAGGACAGAGAAAAAGCACAGGAUAUUCUAAAAUUUCUACAGAUUAAUGGAUAUGUUGUCUCCAGAGGACUUAAGGACCUGGAAUUAGACACGCCUUCCAUCGAGAAACGCUUUGCCUACAGUUUUCUUCAGCAGCUUAUAAGAUAUGUGGAUGAAGCCCAUCAAUACAUUCUGGAGUUUGAUGGUGGCAGCAGAGGCAAAGGAGAGCACUUCCCAUAUGAACAAGAAAUCAAGUUCUUUGCCAAAGUUGUGCUCCCUUUGAUUGAUCAGUAUUUCAAAAAUCAUCGCCUCUAUUUCUUAUCUGCAGCAAGUAGGCCUCUCAGCAGUGGAGGCCAUGCCUCUAAUAAGGAGAAAGAAAUGGUGACAAGCCUGUUCUGCAAACUUGGAGUUCUUGUCAGGCAUAGGAUUUCACUGUUUGGAAAUGAUGCAGCAUCAAUCGUCAACUGUCUUCAUAUAUUGGGCCAGACCUUGGAUGCAAGGACUGUGAUGAAAACUGGUCUGGAGUCUGUUAAGAUGGCAUUGAGAGCAUUUUUGGACAAUGCUGCUGAAGAUCUGGAGAAAACAAUGGAAAAUCUUAAGCAAGGCCAGUUUACACACACCAGAAGCCAGCCAAAGGGAGUGACACAAAUCAUUAAUUAUACCACAGUGGCUCUCCUACCAGUGCUAUCUUCAUUAUUUGAGCAUAUUGGACAGCACCAGUUCGGGGAAGAUUUAAUAUUGGAAGAUGUUCAGGUCUCUUGUUACAGAAUAUUGGCCAGUUUAUAUGCUCUGGGAACUAGCAAGAGUAUCUAUGUAGAGCGGCAAAGAUCAGCACUAGGAGAAUGCUUGGCUGCUUUUUCGGGUGCAUUUCCAGUGGCUUUUUUGGAAACUCACUUGAACAAACAUAAUACCUACUCAAUUUACAAUACCAAGAAUGCAAGAGACAGAGCAGUUCUCAAUUUGCCUGCUAGUGUAGAAGAGGUCUGCCCAAAUAUUCCUUCCUUGGUAAAACUAAUGGAAGAAAUUGUGGAACUAGCAGAGUCUGGUAUUCGUUACACACAAAUGCCACAUAUAAUGGAAGUGAUACUGCCUAUGCUAUGUAGUUACAUGUCACACUGGUGGGAACAUGGGCCAGAAAACAACCCUGACAAGGCUGAAAUGUGUUGUACGGCCUUGACGUCAGAGCACAUGAACACUCUGUUGGGUAACAUACUGAAAAUCAUCUAUAACAACCUUGGUAUUGAUGAAGGAGCAUGGAUGAAGAGAUUAGCAGUGUUUUCCCAGCCCAUCAUAAGCAAAGCGAAGCCCCAGCUCUUAAAGACACACUUCCUGCCACUGAUGGAUAAGCUAAAGAAAAAAGCAGCAGUGGUUGUAUCGGAUGAAGAACACCUAAGAGCAGAAGGCAGAGGUGACAUGUCGGAGGCUGAACUGCUCAUCCUAGAUGAGUUCACCACUUUGGCACGGGACCUCUAUGCCUUCUACCCUUUGUUGAUUAGAUUUGUGGACUAUAACAGGGCAAAAUGGCUAAAAGAGCCCAAUCCUGAGGCCGAGGAGUUGUUCCGCAUGGUGGCUGAGGUCUUCAUUUACUGGUCAAAAUCUCAUAAUUUUAAAAGGGAAGAGCAGAACUUUGUGGUACAAAAUGAAAUCAACAACAUGUCUUUCCUUAUCACUGACACCAAAUCAAAGAUGUCCAAGGCAGCAGUUUCUGACCAGGAGAGAAAGAAGAUGAAGCGCAAAGGUGACCGGUAUUCCAUGCAGACCUCGCUCAUUGUGGCAGCACUGAAGAGAUUGCUUCCCGUUGGCCUAAAUAUUUGUGCCCCUGGAGACCAAGAGCUAAUUGCACUGGCCAAAAAUCGAUUCAGCAUGAAAGAUACUGAGGAUGAAGUUCGAGAUGCCAUCCGCAGUAAUCUUCAUCUCCAGGGCAAGCUUGAGGAUCCUGCCAUUAGGUGGCAGAUGGCACUUUACAAAGAUUUACCAAACAGGACUGAAGAUUCUUCAGAUCCAGAGAAGACAGUGGAAAGAGUUCUUGAUAUAGCUAAUGUACUGUUUCACCUGGAGCAGAGAUCUGCUUGUGUAGGCCGAGGCUAUUUCUUUUGGGUUGAGCAUCCUCAGCGAUCCAAAAAAGCAGUGUGGCAUAAACUGUUGUCUAAACAGAGGAAAAGAGCAGUAGUUGCCUGCUUUAGAAUGGCACCAUUGUAUAAUCUUCCUAGGCACCGAGCUGUCAAUCUCUUUCUUCAAGGCUAUGAUAAAUCUUGGAUUGAAACAGAAGAACACUAUUUUGAAGAUAAACUGAUAGAAGACUUAGCAAAACCUGGAGAGGAACCACCAGAAGACGAUGAAGGCCUUAAAAGAGUUGAUCCUUUACAUCAACUUAUUCUGCUAUUCAGUCGAACAGCCUUAACUGAAAAAUGCAAAUUGGAUGAAGAUUUCCUGUACAUGGCUUAUGCUGACAUUAUGGCAAAGAGCUGUCAUGAUGAAGAAGAUGAUGAUGGUGAAGAGGAAGUGAAGAGCUUUGAAGAAAAAGAAAUGGAAAAGCAAAAGCUUCUGUACCAGCAAGCCAGGCUGCAUGACCGGGGUGCUGCUGAGAUGGUUCUUCAGACAAUCAGUGCUAGUAAAGGUGAGAUGGGGCCAAUGGUUGCAGCUACCCUAAAGCUAGGGAUUGCCAUCUUAAAUGGAGGAAAUUCUACAGUUCAACAGAAAAUGCUUGACUACUUGAAGGAUAAAAAGGAUGUGGGUUUCUUUCAGAGCCUUGCUGGUCUUAUGCAGUCCUGUAGUGUUCUUGACCUAAACGCAUUUGAACGUCAAAACAAAGCAGAAGGCCUUGGCAUGGUGACUGAAGAGGGAUCAGGAGAAAAGGUGAUGCAGGAUGAUGAAUUCACGUGUGACCUCUUCCGCUUCCUCCAAUUGCUCUGUGAAGGGCAUAAUUCAGAUUUUCAGAAUUACCUGAGAACUCAGACUGGUAACAACACAACUGUUAAUAUUAUCAUUUCCACAGUGGAUUACUUAUUGAGAGUUCAGGAAUCCAUUAGUGAUUUCUAUUGGUAUUAUUCUGGGAAGGAUGUUAUUGAUGAGCAAGGACAGCGAAACUUUUCCAAAGCCAUCCAGGUUGCAAAACAAGUUUUCAAUACUCUCACAGAGUAUAUCCAGGGACCAUGUACUGGGAACCAGCAGAGUCUGGCACACAGCCGGCUGUGGGAUGCAGUGGUUGGUUUUCUUCAUGUAUUUGCCCACAUGCAGAUGAAACUGUCCCAGGAUUCCAGUCAAAUUGAAUUAUUGAAAGAAUUAAUGGAUCUUCAGAAGGAUAUGGUUGUCAUGCUGCUGUCUAUGCUGGAAGGUAAUGUUGUGAAUGGAACUAUUGGCAAGCAGAUGGUUGAUAUGCUUGUGGAAUCGUCCAACAACGUGGAGAUGAUUCUGAAGUUUUUUGAUAUGUUCUUAAAACUGAAGGAUUUGACUUCCUCUGAUGCAUUCAAAGAAUAUGACCCUGAUGGUAAAGGCAUAAUUUCAAAGAGGGAUUUUCACAAGGCAAUGGAAAGCCAUAAGCAUUACACUCAGUCUGAAACUGAGUUUCUACUAUCAUGUGCUGAAACAGAUGAGAAUGAGACCCUGGACUAUGAGGAGUUUGUGAAACGAUUCCACGAACCUGCCAAAGACAUUGGUUUCAAUGUUGCUGUUCUCCUGACCAACCUCUCAGAACACAUGCCCCAUGACACCCGCUUACAGACUUUUCUUGAGCUCUCGGAAAGUGUCCUGAAUUAUUUUCAGCCCUUCCUUGGACGCAUAGAAAUCAUGGGCAGUGCAAAACGCAUUGAACGAGUUUAUUUUGAAAUAAGUGAGUCAAGUCGGACUCAGUGGGAGAAACCUCAGGUAAAAGAAUCAAAGAGACAAUUUAUAUUUGAUGUUGUAAAUGAAGGAGGAGAGAAAGAAAAGAUGGAGCUUUUUGUUAAUUUCUGUGAGGAUACCAUCUUUGAAAUGCAACUGGCUGCUCAGAUCUCUGAAUCAGAUCUGAAUGAAAGGUCAGCAAGUAAAGAGGAGAAUGAGAAAGAUAAACCUGAGGAACAGGAUCCUAGAAUGGGGUUUUUCUCUCUUGUGACUAUGAAAUCAGCAUUAGUAGCCCUCAAGUAUAAUUUACUCACUCUUAUGAAAAUGCUCAGCAUGAAGAGCCUAAAGAAGCAAAUGAAAAAGAUGAAGAAAAUGACUGUGAAGGACAUGAUCUUGGCUUUGUUUUCUUCUUAUUGGAGCAUUUUGAUGGGCUUACUGCAUUUUGCAUGUAGCGUCUUCCGAGGCUUUUUUCGCAUUGUGUGCAGUUUGCUACUUGGAGGAAGCCUAGUAGAAGGAGCAAAGAAAAUCAAGGUGGCUGAGCUAUUAGCUAAUAUGCCAGAUCCCACUCAGGAUGAGGUGCGUGGGGAAGGAGAAGAAGGGGAGAGGAAACCAACAGAAACUGCCUUGCCUACAGAAGACCUGACAGAUUUGAGAACUUUAUCAGAUGAUAGUGAUCUACUCUCAGAUAUAUUUGGUUUGGAUUUGAAACGAGAAGGUGGCCAGUAUAAACUGAUCCCUCAUAAUCCAAAUGCUGGUUUGAGUGAUUUAUUGAGCACUCCUUCCUUAGUUCCAAUGCCUGAGGUGCAGGAAAAAAUACAGGAGCAGGUGAAAGAAGAUGAAAAGGAAGAGAAGGAAGAAACCAAAUCUGAACCUGAAAAAGCAGAAGGAGAAGAUGGGGAAAAAGAAGACAAAGCCAAGGAAGACAAAGGAAAACAGAAACUAAGACAGCUUCAUACUCACAGAUAUGGAGAGCCAGAAGUUCAGGAAUCAGCUUUUUGGAAAAAAAUCAUUGCAUAUCAGCAGAAGCUUCUUAACUAUUUUGCUCGAAACUUUUAUAACAUGAGGAUGUUGGCGUUGUUUGUUGCUUUUGCCAUCAACUUCAUCCUGCUCUUCUAUAAGGUCUCCACCUCUGCUGUGCCAGAAGAAAAGGAAGUUCCUGUGGUGCCUGCUGGUGAAAGCUCCAAGUUGAACAGCCUUGAAAGUGAUAGCAACAGGGUCAUUGCAGUGCAUUAUGUCCUGGAAGAAAGCAGUGGCUACAUGGAGCCCACACUGCGGAUUUUGGCCAUCCUACACACAGUCAUCUCCUUCUUUUGCAUCAUAGGAUACUACUGUUUGAAAGUUCCGUUGGUUAUUUUUAAGCGGGAAAAGGAAGUGGCAAGGAAAUUGGAAUUUGAUGGGCUGUAUAUAACUGAACAGCCCUCAGAAGAUGAUAUUAAAGGGCAGUGGGACAGACUUGUUAUCAACACACAGUCUUUUCCAAACAAUUAUUGGGACAAAUUUGUGAAAAGAAAGGUCAUGGAUAAAUAUGGUGAGUUCUAUGGCCGUGACAGAAUCAGUGAGUUACUAGGAAUGGACAAAGCUGCUCUCGAUUUUAGUGAUGCUCGAGAAAAGAAGAAACCAAAGAAAGAUAGCUCCUUAUCCGCUGUGUUAAAUUCCAUUGACGUUAAGUAUCAGAUGUGGAAAUUAGGAGUUGUUUUCACUGAUAAUUCUUUCCUUUACCUAGCUUGGUACAUGACCAUGUCAGUCCUUGGCCAUUACAACAAUUUUUUCUUUGCUGCUCAUCUCCUUGACAUUGCAAUGGGAUUCAAGACAUUACGAACUAUCCUGUCAUCAGUGACUCACAAUGGCAAACAGCUUGUGCUAACAGUGGGAUUACUGGCUGUAGUUGUAUACUUGUACACAGUAGUGGCAUUCAAUUUUUUCCGCAAGUUCUACAACAAGAGUGAAGACGGUGAUAUGCCAGAUAUGAAAUGUGAUGAUAUGCUAACAUGCUACAUGUUUCACAUGUAUGUUGGAGUGCGGGCAGGUGGAGGCAUCGGUGAUGAAAUAGAGGAUCCAGCAGGAGAUGAAUAUGAAAUCUAUCGGAUUAUCUUUGAUAUCACUUUCUUUUUCUUUGUGAUUGUCAUCCUCCUGGCGAUUAUACAAGGUUUAAUUAUUGAUGCUUUUGGUGAGUUAAGAGAUCAGCAAGAGCAAGUUAAGGAAGAUAUGGAGACAAAAUGCUUUAUCUGUGGAAUAGGAAAUGACUACUUCGAUACAGUGCCCCAUGGCUUUGAAACACACACACUACAGGAGCACAACUUGGCCAAUUAUCUGUUUUUCUUGAUGUAUCUUAUUAACAAAGAUGAAACAGAGCAUACAGGGCAGGAAUCCUACGUAUGGAAAAUGUACCAAGAACGAUGCUGGGAGUUUUUCCCUGCUGGUGAUUGCUUCCGAAAACAAUACGAAGACCAGCUAAACUAAGCAGAGAUGAGGAUUUCCACUUGAAAAUAUGUCCCUGUAUUUCCCAGCUCUGCUGGGAAUGUCUAAAAGAUUUCUUAAAGUCCCAAAGCUAUGUGCUUUUUGGAGCACCAAAGCUCUGUUUUUAAUGAUCUGACUGCGCUUUUAUUUUCCUGUGUAUUUGCUUUGAGAACACUGGAGUAAAGAACAAUGAAAAAUAACAGCAGCUCUGGAAAGCACUCACACACACACACACACACACACACACAGGCGCACGCAAAAUAUCCGUAUACAUAACAUGUACACAUAAAAAGAGACUUAAGACAGCUUAUUUCUGAAACUGCCAGAUGACGCCCUUGUCUAUGAGAUCUCACAUGGGGUGGCAUGGCAGCAACACCCAUUCAAUCUGUUUAUUUCAUCAUCCUGGAAGGAACUAUAUUUAGUUCACGGAGCACUGUACAAGAUUGUUGUGGACACUAAGCUGUGGGGAAAUAGUGCCUUACUAUAUGUGGGUUGAGCUAUGCAGAAGAUGAGUGCAUGGUGACAUCUUUUUUUUUUUUUCUUUACAUUUUCCCUUUCUUCCGAGUUAAUAUUUAUUUUGUGUUCUUGGUGGGUUUGGGAGGAAGGAAUUUGGUUGUGCACAUCUUUUUAAUAAGACUGGAGUGUCUUGGGACAAGAGUGGGUUAUUUUCAUCAAGCUGAUUUCACGUUUAUCUUCCUCCUUAGCUCUUGCUCUUAUUUUGGUAAUGCUCUGAUGCAACACUGCAACUUUAUGAAAUCUUUGUAUAAGAACAAGACGACUGCAAAAAACACUUUAACAAGAAAUGUUUCAUUGCAUGUUUAUUAUGCAAGUUUAAAACAAUCAAAAAAACAACCUUCAGAAGCAAGUUGAUCAACAUAAGAAAAACAUUCACAAUAAUAUAUCCAUAGUAAUAAAGUGUUGUGGGCUUUAUUGUACAUUUGGAACGAGUGUCAUCAGCCAACAAUGUAUAUGUUAUGAAUUUGACGGUAGUUUUGGUUUCUUUUCUUUUUCUUUCUUUCAUUUCUGCCACCUGUGAUCGAUAGUGGAGUUGAAGAUUUUCUUGUUAAAUUAUUUUUUAAAAUCAAAGCUGAAGCAAUAUCCAUUCAGGGAUUCCAUCUGUUGCAUCAUGAAACACCAAUGAUGUGUACAUCACUCCAUUUUGAGUCCUUUCCAGUUGUAAUGCCAGUCUUUACAAAUAAAAAGACAGAUUCAGAAUGGAAGCAA